AUGCCGCAGAAAACGGACAUGGAUCCAUCACCUGUUGAGGAAGAUCAAGCUGGCACAUCGGACCUGGAUCUUACCUGGGACUCAGAUCAAGAUUAUGAUGAGUGCGUAUAUUACCAUGAAGGAAACGAUCUAUACGCCGAAGAUGUCGAUGGUCAGAUGGCGGUGCUACCCGAAGUACCGGUGGCGACGGAAGAUGUGAAGAUCGAAGAUAUUCAACUAUGCGGAUCUGAUAACCAGACCCCAGAAGAGAUCGAGCGGCUCCGCCAAAAGAUAUGGAAGUUCCGACAUCUCUUGAAAUGCCCUGCCGCCGGCAGCUAG